AUCAGAGAAAGCUGUCCGAAUAAAUGCUGUUGGAUCAGGCAUGGAACUGGACGAUCUUAAUGUUAUGCUUCGUUCGAAGAAUCUUGAAGGCAUUGUUAUACCCAAAGUUAGAUCAGCAGAUGAUGUUAAAUUUGUUAGUCGAAUGAUAGAUUUAAUAGCUCCUGAUGAGAGUCGGUCUAAAAUUCGUCUACUGGCAUCAAUAGAAAGUGCUUUGGCCAUUAUGAAUAUUAAACAAAUCGCAACAUCUGAUCCUAGACUUGAUGCACUAAUUUUUGCUGCUGAGGAUUAUUGUGCAGAUGUUG